AUGUCUCCACUGUCUGAGCCACAUAUUAGAGGCGCAGCGGUCUACAGGUCUACACCAUCACCGUCGCCGUCGCCGUCGCCAUCGCCGUCAUCGUUAUCGAGGUGCUCGACCCAGCCGCACUCGAGCCAACACCGGGCCCCUCCCCGGCCCGAACCGCGCCCGCGGCCCAAGAAGACGGCCAAGAAGAAGGCCCCCUCGCCGAAUGCUGCUGCCGCCCCUCCUGCGGCGACCAAGAAGAAGGCUUCCCAGCCGAAGGCUGCUGCCGCCCCUCCUGCGGCAGCCCUCGCCGCCUCUGGUGCGGCGGCCUCAACGGCCACCAACCAGGCGGAAACGCCCUGGUCGCAAGUAAUUGGCCGCAGGGCCAGGAAGGGCAAAAAGACAGCUGCCGGCCCCCAGGCGGCACGGGGCUCCGCCAAAGCGACCCCCAGGACGGCCCCCAAACACAGGGCGCUCGCCACCCAGAAAUCAUCGGCGGUGGUGAUCACCCUGAGGCCUGAAGCGGUGGCGGAAAAGGGGGCCACGUACAAAGGGGUCCUCGAGGCGGCGACCGCGGCUGUGGGCUUGGGCAGCCUCGGCAACCCGCACGUGCGGGUGGGGAACAACCAGACAGGUGCCCGCAUAAUCGAGGUGCCCGGGGCGAAGGCCGUGCAGCGGUGGGAAGGCCGACACCCUGGCGGCCAAGCUGGAGGAGGUGAUCGGGGGGCUGCGGCAGUAACGCGGCCAACCAAAACCGCCGAUAUGAGGGUCACCGGCUUAAACGAGUCGAUGACCCCAGAGAAGAUCCGGACCGUGGUGGCCGCGAAGGGCUAA